GUACGUCAUUAUUCCUAUUUUUCUAAGAGAGACCAAGUAAAAGAAGCCUUUGUUUUGUUGAAAUGGAUGCGUUGGGACUUCUCAGAAUCAAGGUCAUAAAAGGCUUCAAUCUUGCUGUUCGUGAUAAGAUAUCGGGUACCAGUGAUCCUUACGUUGUCAUCAGCACGGCUGGACAGAAAGUGAAGACCCGAUUUGUGAAGAAAAACUGCAAUCCGGAGUGGAACGAUGAAUUAACUCUCCCUAUCAAAGAUCUUAAUGCUCCAAUCACUUUGACGGUGUUCGACAAGGAUACGUUCAGCGACGACGAUGCGAUGGGAACCGCGGUGAUCGACAUUCAGCCGUACGUAGAGGCAGUGAGGUUGAGGAAGAGCUUGGGAGAACUCCCGAACGGCGUUGCACUGCAGAAACUACAACCAUCGGGGACAAACGACCUGGCUGAUGAGAGCAGCAUAAUUUUGGAGGAUGGGAGGAUCACCCAAAAGAUGCGUCUCAAACUCAAUGAUGUUGAAAGUGGGCAAGUGUUGAUCCAAGUGGAGUGUGUUGAUAUCCCUGGCUCCAAAGGCUUGGACCCUGAUUACUGAACCUAUGUAUGGCUUCAACUAUAUUCUCUCUGCUUUCGAGUUUCUGUAUACGGGAACCGAUCAGUUAGGACGUUGUUCCAUUAUAUUCUGUAAACCUAAAUUGAGCUGUAAUCUUGUUUCAAUUCGUAUGUAAUGAUGCAGAAUAGCAUGCAAUAGAUGGGUUUUGAUAUAAUA